UGGUGAAUCCUCUCCUCUCCUCUCCUCCUGUUUAUCUUUUAGCGGGAAGGAAGAGCGACUCGUUUGGAUCCUGAUGGAGCUUCCGGCUUUGCUUGCAGGGAAUUUCUUCUCAAAAGCAGUGAAACCACGGUUUGGGAUGAGAUUUGGUUGUGGUUAUGGAUUGAAUAAUCGAGUUAUAACUAGGGAUUUUAAGUGUUGUUCUAGCAGCUUAUCUGAUGCGCGUGUGCUCUAUUGCGUGGCUCCUGCAAUGGGCCAUAAUAAGGAAUCACAUCCUGAAUCAAAUUUGAGGGUGCCUGCGAUCGUCGAUGCUCUUGAAAGGAUGGAACUUACUCCAAAGCAUCGUGGCCCGGUGGUGUAUGAACUACAAAAGUUUCGACCUGCUUCAAUGGAUGAUAUUGCUAGUGUGCAUGCUAGAGCAUAUGUUGCCGGUCUUGAAAAGGCAAUGUCACAAGCUUCUGAGGAAGGCCUUAUUUUCAUUGAUGGGUCUGGGCCAACAUAUGCUACCCCUACUACUUUUCAGGAGUCCCUUGUUGCAGCUGGAGCUGGGAUUUCCUUGGUUGACUCAGUGGUUACAGCAUCUAGCAUGAACUCAAAUCCACCUAUAGGAUUCGCCUUAAUUCGGCCUCCAGGUCAUCAUGCGGUGCCCGAUGGCCCUAUGGGUUUUUGUGUUUUUGGGAACAUAGCUGUUGCUGCUCGCCAUGCUCAACGUGUCCAUGGUUUAAAGAGAGUUUUCAUAAUUGAUUUUGAUGUCCACCAUGGUAAUGGGACAUGUGAUGCAUUUUAUGAUGAUCCAGAUAUAUUCUUCUUGUCUACUCAUCAGGUGGGAAGCUACCCUGGUACAGGUAAAAUUGAUCAGGUUGGUCAAGGUAGCGGUGAAGGUACGACACUGAACAUGCCAUUACCCGGUGGUUCAGGUGAUACAUCAAUGAGGUCUGUUUUCGAUGAAGUCAUUGUGCCAUGUGCUCAAAGAUUUAAGCCGGAUAUUAUUCUCAUAUCAGCUGGCUAUGAUGCUCAUGUAUUGGAUCCGCUAGCGGGUCUGCAAUUCACGACAGCUACAUACUACAUGCUCGCAUCAAACAUAAAACAACUAGCACAGGAGCUAUGUGGUGGCCGUUGUGUGUUCUUCUUGGAAGGAGGCUACAAUCUCCAGUCUCUCUCAAAUUCAGUUGCUGACUCAUUUCGCGCAUUUCUCACUGAACCAAGCAUGGCUUCUCAAUUCGAUAAUCCUGCUGCUUUGUACGAAGAACCUUUGUCUAAAGUUAAACAAGUAAUCCAGAAGGUCAAGUAUAUACAUUCCCUUUGAGAGUCAAGAUGAACAAUGAUCUCUUUGUUAAUAGAAUUAUUAUUGAUGAGCUUGACUAGCUUGUUCCUUCAGAGUCCUCUAUGGAUGUGUCUGUAAAUUUGGCUCAUAAUUGCAAAUAUAAAGUUCUUAUCAAUAGACAAUGGCAGGUAAAUUUUCCA